AGCGUCACUAACCCAUAAAGAACACAUACAAGUUAGAUGCACACAUCCAUAUGUAUGUUAUGUCCAGGAGUAUUUGGACAGUAACAAGAGUUUUUAGGAUUUUGCCCAUGUCCCGAAUGAGGACAAGCACAACAAUAUCUUAAAUAUCAAAUAAUAAAAAAGGCAAAUAACUCAUUAGUCAAGGUCCAAAUAUUUCUGGAACUAACUAAUAAAUAUAGUAAGUCCAGGAAUAUUCUGUAUGUUACACGCCACAUCCUGGAAAUCAUAUUUCAUCAUAUUGAGUUGACAUAUUUUAUCGUCAACUCAGGACACGAAGCAUUGAAAUGAUGUUUAGCUCUAUUGGCAGGGUAAUCCCAAUACAGUAUAUAUUAUAACAAAACAAUAUAGCAAUGCAAAGAAAUACAAUAUGGAGAAAAUGUUCAAGUGUAAAAUUUCUAAAAGGGUGCAUAAGCGUGAUGCUUUUAAAGUCAGUACAGUAUAUGACUUAUUUUCUUUUAUGCCAAAUAUAUUGGAUUAAAGGAGUGUAAAGGUGACUUUUUGAGUGUUAUUUCAUGUCUAGGGGGUUCUAAUGAUGAUAACUAUUUAGAAGGCUGUAAACUGUUUUUCUAUGCUCUAGCUAUAAAAAUAUGUCAUGAAUAUAAUCCCACUUUGUGGAAAAACAUGUAUCACUGCCAGGCCCGGAACCAAUUUACAUCGACUAUAUUUUAGGUCAAUCUUUGCAACAAUAAACUUUAGGGGGGCUGGAGAAAAUUAAUUCAUAUUCAAAUGGAAAUUGUCAUUUAUUCAGAUUUUGAAUAGAUUCAUAAUUUUCAUGAAUUGAUUUUCAUUUGAAGAAUUUGUUUUUCCUAACACCAGCAACAAGACAGGCUUUGGUAACGUCUUUUAAAAAAAUAUUUUAUUGUAAUAAAUCGAGAGGAUUGAAUUGAGAAUCGUGUUGAAUUGAGAAUCGUUUCUUAAUCAAAUUGUCUAAAAUUGUAUUGUGUUUAUUUCAGAAACAUACAGUAUAUAUUAUUAUUUAUUUAAUUAGAAUUUAUUUAUUUUAGCACUGCGUACAUGUAAGUAAUUGAUUGUUCAUCUGUUUUUUUGAGUCCUUUCUUUUGCAGUAUACUGUAUUUGAUUAAGCCUUGAUAAUCUUUAUGAUUAACAAAUAAUCUUUAUGAUUAACAAAUGGUUUCAAAUCAUUUGACAAGGUUAUAAACUGUAUGUUUUUAGGUUUUUAAGUUAUUAGGUUUGUCAACAACAAACAAAAUCGAUUUUCGAAUAAUCUCGAUUCUUAUUUAUAACGAUUCUUAAUCGAUUAAAAAAAGGCAAAAAUCUAUAUUUUUUUUUUAGUCAGUCCUGUCCAGCCAUUCAGGUAAAUCAUAUUGUUAAUGUAGAUGAUCAUAUCUGCUGUACAUGUUUACUUUGGAAAAGAGAAGUGUUAGAUACGGGGCAGCACGGUGGUACAGGGGUUAGUGCGUCUGCCUCACAAUACGAAGGUCCUGAGUUCAAUCCCGGGCUCGGGAUCUUUCUGUGUGGAGUUUGCAUGUUCUCCCCGUGACUGCGUGGGUUCCCUCCGGGUACUCCGGCUUCCUCCCACCUCCAAAGACAUGCACCUGGGGAUAGGUUGAUUGGCAACACUAAAUUGGCCCUAGUGUGUGAAUGUUGUCUAUCUGUGUUAGCCCUGCGAUGAGGUGGCGACUUGUCCAGGGUGUGCCCCGCCUUCCGCCCGAAUGCAGCUGAGAUAGGCUCCAGCGACCCCGAAAAGGGACAAGCGGUAGAAAAUGGAUGGAAGUGUUAGAUACUUCUCUAGUUGCCUCAUUUGUGUUUGACUUUAUUAAAUGUUUGGGUAGAAUUUUAUAAAACACAAUCAGUUUUCUUUUAAAUAAUAUAGAAAUUCAUCAGAGCUGCUUACCGGUAUCUAUUUUAUGGAGGCGUGUAUUAUUCAUAGAACUGGCACCCAAUGUUAUUAAAAAAAAGUAUUGAUCUUGAAUCAAGAAUCGUUUUGAAUCGAAUCGUUACCCCCAAUCGAAUCGAAUCGUAUGAUACCCAAAGAUUCACAGCCCUAUUAGAUAUUUUCAUGAAUAUGAUUCAAAUCAAGAGUAACAUUAGCAAUUCAGUGUUAGUUUUUGAGUGGGCCUGGGGCCCCUCUGCAGUGGAAAAGUUUGGUCCCGAGUUAAAAAAGGAUAAGAACCCCUGAUCUAGACCACAAGGACAUGUUUUAAAUGUAGAAUAAAAACACCAUAGAUCCCCUUGAAUGCAAUGGUACAGUAUUCAUGUCGUAAUAACACAAGUCCACACUCUAAAAGAUGCUAGUAUUCUAUUUUUUGUCCUCUUCUACUGAUGUGGUAUUACUGCAAUUGGAGCUUGAGUUGAGUUUAAUUGUGUUGGAGAAAAUGCUGAAAGAACGUAGAUAAAUAUAUACUUUAUUAUUCUUCAAAAGAAAAUCACAUUUCCAGCAGCUUUACAAAGUAUCAAGUUUAAGUUCUUUGUUUAUUAUAUGAUAUUUGUAUCAGUUGAAUGAUGCAAUCAGUUAAAAAAAUUCAAAUCUUGGAAAAAUAUUAAAACAUAUAUUUAAAAAAAGAUCAAAAGGCAAUUAAAUAUGUUGAGCGUCAAUGUCUUAAGAAAAAGGAAGUAAAUUGUCAUUAGUGCCACUUGUCAAAUGACACAUUUUAAUGAAAACAAAUGAACGAGCUGACCUGAGUUCCACACGGCAGCACAGAAAGAAUCCAUUCUAGUCCAGUUCUUCAUUUUUGAGCUCAUGUUUCAUUGCUGUCCUCGGUGCAGGAUGCCAUCAGACCUCUAAGGUUUCAUCUAAAAAACAGACUUCACUGUCUUUGCAUUGGGCACUGGAACAAAAAAAGUAGUUGUCAGGCAAUAUACUGCGAUUUUUUUUUUUUUUUUUUUUUUUUUAAAUGAAAGACCCAAAUGUGGGCAGGUGGGAUGGACUAUGGCUCCUGUGGAUCUCUCCACUUUGAAGCAGGUUGGAAAGGAAGAGAUGGUUCUCCUCACAGCUAAAACCAUGCAAAGGACGGCGGUCUUCAUCACCUUCGGGGGUCUCGUGACCUCCUUGAUCACAACCUUCCUCCCGUUGUGGAAGACGAUGAAUUCGGACCUGAACGAGGUCGAAAACUGGUACUCUGGACUGUGGCACAUGUGUCUCUACACCGAGGAGGUUGGGGUCCAGUGCAAGGCUUAUGACUCCUUGCUGGGACUUCCUGUGGACCUGCAGAUCGCCAGGGUGCUCAUGUUAGUGUCAGUAUGCAUCGGGGCUUUGGCGCUGCUGGUAGCUCUGCCGGGACUGGACGGGGUCCACGUGUGUUUGGACCAGCCUGGAAAGAGGAGACGGCUCCUGGUCUUGGGCGGGGUGCUGGCUUGGGUGUCAGGGUUCAGCACGCUGGUUCCUGUGUCCAUCGUGGCUUACAACACCGUGGUGGAGUUCUGGGACAGAGGUUUUCCCGACGUGAUGCCGCGCUGGGAGCACGGAGAGGCCAUGUUUUCAGGAUGGUUUGGAGGCUUGGCGCUGAUCACUGGAGGAACGCUUUUCUUUGUAGCGGUGUGCAUGGCGGACUACGACACGCACGCACAUUGUGUGACUAACAACAACACUCACGUAACACACAGGACACAACACUACCGCAAGACUGAGGUUUUGUAAUUGUUUCUUUGCCAUUUUUUUCCCCUCCUGUCACUUAUUUUAGUGUCAAGUCCAAAAUGUGACUUCUGAAUGACAUAUGUUUCUAUAAUUAUGUGAAAUAGACAUAUAAUUGUGUUGCUUUUGGUCAUUUGCAAGCCAAUCACAUUAAAAUGUUUGAUUUCCUAACCACUUGACGUGAAAAUAAAUGACGUAGUACUAGAGCUUUGUGCACACCUAGGGCCCAAAACAGGCAUUACAUGUGUUCCUUAUGUUAAAGUACCCACUAGGUGUGGCGAAAUUAUUCUCUGCAUUUGACCCAUCACCCUUGAUCAUCCUCUGGGAGGUAAGGGGAGCAGUGAGCAGCAGCGGUGGCCGCGCCCGGGUAUCAUUUUUGCUG